UACCUCGCGUCGAAAUGGUUCAACGCGUUUUUGAAUAAUUUUUUUUCUAAAGUUUAAUCACAUACAAUGUGCAGAAAGACUUUAAUUGGUAAACAAACUCUGUAUCUACAAGCUUAGGUAUAGGGUAAUGGUUUUUGUUUAAGUAAUUCAAACUACACGGAUAUUUUAAGAUAAAUCUUCAACAUUGUGUUUUAAGUUUUGAAACGUAUACGGUUAUUGAACAAUGGAUUUAAAUAUGCUGUUUUUUAUAUGUACACAUACUUUAUUAAGAUUCUCCUUAUGAUACUGAACAAAAUUAAAUAUUCUCUAGCUACCCGAAAUGGCUGUAUGUCCAUCUAAUGCAAAAAAAUCAACAGUUUGCAUCAUAGCUCUGAUAGCGACAUCUUUGAUAUGCUAUAUCAUAAUGUUGAAUCCAAAGUAUACGAUUUACAACACUAUACAUUACCUGGUACUAAACCCAAACGAAAGUACCUCCAAGACGAUUGUGUUCAUUCCUGAACUUACUCAUAGCAGCAAAGACGUGCAUUAUUCCAAUGCUACUGAGGAAAAGUUUUGGAUGAAACAUCCUCUGUCUGUUUACGAAGCAUUUGCACAACACGCGGAUAAAGCUUUAAAAAGAUGCAACAAUACGUGUAACCCUUCAGAAAUGUACUGCAACGCAACAAACCCAGUGCAAUGGAAUAGAUUAAGUCAUGCCGGGCUAUUACCAUAUAGGCCAUUCCUAGCAAGGGGACAGUAUGUAUUCAGAUGGGAGAAAAGGAUAUUAAGUUACCCGCCCUUGUUUGAUUAUAAAACUCUACCGGAUAAAAGUUUAUCAAAAGUUGUAAUGGAGAAUGUACACAAUGGGACGGUGACGUGUAAGAUGUUUGGAUAUCUACGUGGGCGGGUGGAUCUUGUGGACGGGUAUGGACGCAGGAGGACACGGGGUGACGACGAGGUGCGGGUGUGGGUCAAGAGCGCUGACGUCAAAGGGUACGCAUCUUCUGGUGACGUCACAGAUUUAAAGAACGGAAGUUACUCGUUUACAAUACGCUGUCUUUGGCCAGGGAAGACAAGUUUGUAUGUUGCUUUGGCGUAUCCCAGAGAAUUUCUGAGGACUGUCUUACACCAGAUCCAUAUUGGGGCUACCAGAUACAUGGUCGUCACCUUUAGUAAAGACAGCAUUCAAGAGUCAACGCUGUGCUGGUCGACACCCAACGUCCCAGGACGCCCGUGUGUGUGUAACAUCACAUUCCAAAACCAGCAGACCUUCUACUGCGGACGCCCUAAAGAUAACAGAUUAACUUGUGAUAACUGGAACGAAACAGGAUUUCUUUUAAUGCCUCCACCUCAUGACGUCACUGUGGAAGAAUUUCAACUAAUAAAAAAUAGUACAGGAUUAGCAUCAGCAACUUUAAUCAAACACAAUAUUACAAUUCUAACGGAAACCAAAGGGGCUGUGCCGAGAAUACCAUCUUGUUACAACUCCAGCAAAACCGCAACAUGGAACAAGUCCCGACCCACAGGUUUCUGGUCCCCUGGAUUUGUAUGGAACUCACUUAUAUGCAAACCAUCACCCAAGGUAUCAAUACACUGGGCACAGAAAUGUUUACAGAACACAAAAGUUUGGAUCAUCGGAGACUCCAACGGUAACAUGACGUACUCGAGUUUCCUUCGCAUCACACUCUGCAACAAGACAACUGGGGGCUGGCCAGGGCGGUCCAAGUGCGUUGCCCCAAGCAUCGGGCUUGAAAUCAACGCAAUGCCUCACGAGAAACCUCAAUACGCGAAUUUACUUCGAUCUGAUCAUAUCGGUAGUAUACCAGAUGUUCUUGACAAUAUCUCCAGUACAGGAAAACACAUUGUGUUUGUUCAUUAUUAUCUACACUACACGCCAGCACAUCCAAGUGUGUUUUACCUGCGAAUGAAAGCUUUGAGAUUAGCCUUAGCGAGAUUGUUAAAGAGAAACCCCAGUGUGCUUGCUGUGAUCCGCGGACCUCACGUCGCUACCGUGGACUGGAGCAUCAACCACGCUAUCGGUGGAGAUCCUUUAGGUCCGCGGUUUGUUGAGAUUAUCAAAGAGAUGUUUAGAGGACUUGAGGACCGGGUUCUGUACCUAGAUGGGUGGGAUAUGACGAUAGCUUUAGAGAACAGCGCCUUUCAUCCUACGUCUUAUCUUACAAGGGAAAUGGUUAACAUUAUUCUCUCAUAUAUUUGUUUAUGAGACAAUUAACUGCGUGGUCGAGUCGGUAAAGAUGAUGGUUGCUAAACCGAAAAGUCUCGAGUUUGAACCCUUGGGCAGAUGAGGCUUGUUAGCUGGGGGCAGCCACUCUUCCAGGAGAGACAACUCCAAAAUCAAACAACUGCUGCCUUGUAGUUUAUUCUUGGUUGGACAAAGGCUAUGAAAAGCAAAUCCAAAAAGAAAAGCAGGCUGAAAUCGGAAGCAAUAGCCUCAAUGGCGCAUAACCAG